GUCGAUGACGUCAGCAGAAGCGGACGCAGAAGUGUAAAACAUACGUAACAUCGGUGGUUUUCCUCGAUCCCCGGGUUUAACUUCCAGCGUCACACGGCCGGAGAGCCCGAGACACACAGGGACCGUCGUCCUCAACCACCGCACAGCCUACCCCCGUGAGUAAGACCCGUCGUACCGGCUGAUGAGGCUAGCAGCGGUUAGCUUAGCUGGUGUACCUGGUGAAGUGUUACAGCUGCUCCGGUUCAACUUUACCAACCUCGAGCUAACUACCCAGAGGCUGAAGCGUCAGCUCGGCUCAAGGACGGACUCUGACAUCCGCACGGAACCAGCCAUGAAGAGUCUCCCUUUCUUCUGCCGGGGAGAGGUCAUCCGAGGCUUCGGCCGAGGAAGCAAAGAACUGGGGAUUCCCACAGCUAACUUCCCUGACUCGGUGGUUGACAAUCUUCCAGCCGAUAUCAGCACAGGAAUCUACUACGGCUGGGCCUGCGUAGGUAAUGGGGAUCUCCACAAAAUGGUGAUGAGCAUUGGCUGGAAUCCUUACUACAAAAAUACCAAAAAGUCCAUGGAGACUCAUGUGAUUCACACAUUCAAAGAGGACUUUUAUGGGGAGAUUCUCAGUGUGGUCAUGGUGGGCUACAUCCGUCCGGAGAGAAGCUAUGACUCUCUUGAAGCCCUCAUUGCAGCCAUCAACAACGACAUUGAGGAGGCCAAAGUCAACCUGGAGCUCCCAGAGCAUCUCAAGCUGAGAGAGGACAACUUCUUCACCAGCGCCUCCACCUCAUCUCCAGCCACAGCGUCUACGUCACAGACUAUUAUAAAUGGUCACUGACAGCUGGCUGUGACUGCAGCACUUUGCUUGUCCUCGGGCACACACACACACACACACACACACACAUUUCUGUAUACACACAGGUUUGUUCAUUGAAAUGCACAGAACACAUUCUGAGCCUCUUUUGCCAUUUCUGCACGUAGACAUGAUCACAAACAAUCCAUUUUUUUUAAAUUGUACUUUUCUUUUCCUUGGCCAGCGUUUCUGUUUUAAAGAGUUCAUUAUCUUCCUCUAUUGGUUUGUUGUUGACAUAAUAGAUGAUGUUCAUUUGUAUAUAUUCACACCAGAAUUGCUGUAUGCAACUCUUGGGAUAUCACUGCUUCUGAUGUAUAUUUGGAAUCUUUUAUGUGAGAAGGUACCUUUUUAUUUAUAUAUAUAUAUAUAUAUAUAUAAAAAAAUGCAGUUCUUGGAUCGAUGGUAACCAGAAAAUACAAGGAGAAUAUUCAUAAUCUGUCUAUAAAUGAUUAUACAGAUAUGUUGACGAUAAACUCAACUAUGUGAAAACUAUCUAUCAAUGGUUAUAAAAACAUAACUUAUUGAUACCUUUCCUCUUGAGGUUUAUAAUUCUGUAUCAGAUGGUUAGAAAGAAGGUCUGGGCAUUGUUUUCAGUAACAAAAACACAGGUGAUGCAGUUCCAUGACUUUAUGCACCGACAUGACUCAAUGCAUCUGUGUGAAGACAGGGAUCUUUUCUUUCUUAUUUUUUAUUUAAUUCUGAAAAAAAUGUCUUUCCUCUCAAGUGUGAAACAAACUCUAUACUGUUCACUGCCCCACAAAAUUAAAGAAGCACAUGCAUUAUGCGUGCUUGUGAACUGGAAUUAUUGAAUAACUCCAAGCAUAUUUAUUUAUUUAAUGAAAUGUACUCAAAAACAUUUUUAAGGCAUAGCCCUUAUGAAGGUUUUUGUUAUUUUGUUUUUUCACUGCAGAUUGCCUGAGACUCAGACCUAGAGUCCACUAGUCUCUGUGGGUUUAUUACAGAUAGUGAAACAUUAAUAGAAAGAUAAGAUGAAGAAGAAGAAUGUCCACAGCCCCUUUUUCCUCUCCUGGGGGCAAAAGUCUUUGGUUUGUUGAACAUUAAUGUAUACCACCCACAUGUAAAGUCUGGACAGAAAAAAAACAAAUACAGUUCUUCAACUAUAUACACAUAUUACAGUUUAAUUAGAUUUCAUAGGGUCGUGCAGAAUUUUAACAAAACUAUUGACAAAGUCCAAUAGACCAGCUCUUAACUGUGUUUUUAGAUCUGUGUGUGCGCCUGCUCUUUUUAAACUCUUUCAAAGUCAGUGACAUGAAAUGAUCAACAUUUAACUGCUAAGUGUAAAAAAUACUAUUUGAAACUUGGCAAAUAAUCUUCUGAAUGAAUGACGUGUGAGUCUACCGAUGUGCUUUUGGAUUUUAAGUCUGCAUUGUAUUUUAGUUUAUUAAACUGUUAUUUAGGUAGUAAAAAAGUCUGAGUGCAUUUAAUGAAGGAUGACAUUCAUCACGCAAUAGUAGCUGUGAUGCUGUGCCAGAACCUUUCUAUUAAAAGGCUGGUAAUUCAGUUUCUUAGACUAGUGGGAAAAUCAUGAUAGAAGCAACUUGGACCCUGUACUUCACUGCAACUCCCUGUAAUGUUUUGUUUGAUGUAUGAUAUAUGAUCCAUUAUAUUAAUCCGCUUAAGUAUCUACAAACUAGAUCUUCCUAACUUUCAGUUAUAAUAUGGUGCUUCCUCUACCCACAGUAAACUUAUAUUUAUUUUCAUAUCUCUAACACUGGCUACUGCAAGUGAUUAUUCCACACAGAGACCAGGGUUACUGCAUGUAGAGUUACAGGUUAGACACAACCUUAUAUUUUUAAUGAUUGUGUUUUAUGAUUAAAACAAAUAAAUAUUUGAUUAACAUACA